UACAACUACGUUGGCUGCAAUGAAACUGUUAGAUUUCCAUAAGAAAAAUAGGAUGAAACUCAGUCUGAAAGGAAAGCAUUUUCUCCAAGAUUUUUUGAAUACUAGUACUAUCCAUGGAUUAAAUCAUUUAGGUCAUACAAAAAUCCACAUCAUCGAGUGGAUCUUAUGGUUGACCCUCGUCAUAAGUGCCAUCUACGGGGCUGUCUCACUGAGCUCCAUCACCCUUACAAGAUACAACAGCAACCCGACAGUAAUAUCAAUGGAAAGAGACAGGUUUGCAUGGAACACCUCUUUCCCAGCAGCUACAAUCUGCCCAAUGGUCAAAUACGACGAAGAAACUCUAGAAAAUUAUAUCGAAACUUCAAACGCACCAAACAAAACUCUGUUCAGAAACUUCGUAGUCUCGCUGUUGGAAGCAAACUAUCAGAAUCUCGAAGAUGUAGUGGACUACACCAACGGUGUACCACCUGAGGAGUUCUUGGACUUGAUCCUGAAGCUUAAAAUGAAGUUUUCGCCUUCAGAGAUUUCGAAUUCGGCUGGUUUUUCCAAAGUGAAUUACCUAACUGAGAUUGUAUCAGAGAUAGGGAUCUGCUACUGUUUUAAUUCUCAGUUGGCGGUGUAUAACUCUGCCAGGUACUGGAGUUCAGGACAAUGGACGAUUUAUCCUCUGAAUGAUACAUUGUAUGUUAAUCCAUUGGAUGGAGAAGUUUUUGCUAACGUUAUGAACAUUUCAAGUGGUUUUGAUAUUUAUAUCCAUGGUCCACAAGAAGUCGCAGAUGUAGCUACGAAAAAAACCCAUUCUGAAGAUGGUUAUUUCCUUCAACUCUACCUUAACGGAAUGACUUUAUUCAGUAGCGAUAAAGUGAGAGCAUUGAAAGUAAAGCAAAGAAAGUGCAGAUUCUAUGAUGAAAGUGACUUAGGUCACUCUCCUGUUUACUCUUACGUACUUUGCAGAAUGGAAUGUAGGAUAAGACUUAGCAAACAAUUUUGUGGAUGUGUUCCUCACUUCUACAGAAAACUCGAUGGUGAGAAAACUUGCAGCGUGGAGGGACUGCACUGUUUGUCAAAAUUCAAAGAGAAAUUGAUACUUUUGGAGGGUACUUGUUCUUGCCUUCCAAAUUGUGAUGAAGUGGUGUAUUACGUUGAUGAUUUAGAUACCAGAGAAUGGUUUCUUGGUACCAAUUUGCAGUGGGGACUGAAAGAUUAUCCGAAAAUGAGGUUGAAGAGAGAUGUUAUAUUUGGAUUUACAGAUUUAUUAGUUUAUAUAGGUGGAAUGGCUGGACUGUUCUUAGGAUGCAGUGUACUCAGCUUUAUUGAGAUAAUUUACUUCUUCAGCUUAAGAAUAUUUUUUUAUUUUAUGAAAAGUGAAAAACAACAAGGAAAAAUAAUGAAAAAAUGA